AUGAUGACCAUGACUACGAUGGCUGACGGUCUGGAGGCUCAGGACUCGUCCAAGUCUGCUUUCAUGGAGUUUGGGCAGCAGUCGCACUCACAGCAGAGCUCCCCGUCGAUGGCCAGCGGCCACUACCCGCUGCACUGUCUCCACUCCGGCUCACACGCUCACCACCAGCACGACAACACCGCGUACUCCGGGACCAACACCUACAACAGGUCGUUACCCUACCCUUACGUGAGCCAUUCGCACCACAGCCCGUACCUGCCAUCCUAUCACAGCAACACGGGAGGACAGACAAGGUUAGACGGCACAGAGCAGCAGAAAACGACAGUGAUUGAAAAUGGGGAAAUUCGUUUUAAUGGGAAAGGCAAGAAGAUUCGCAAACCUCGGACAAUUUAUUCCAGUUUGCAGCUUCAAGCACUGAACCACCGUUUCCAGCAAACACAGUACCUCGCUUUACCGGAACGCGCCGAGCUGGCUGCCUCUCUAGGACUGACACAAACCCAGGUAAAGAUUUGGUUCCAGAAUAAGAGGUCAAAGUUCAAGAAGCUGCUCAAGCAAGGCGGCAACCCGCACGAGAGUGAUCCUAUACCGGGCUCCAUGUCCCUCUCCCCUCGCUCCCCGACCAUUCCCCCAAUAUGGGACGUCUCGGCCUCUUCCAAAGGAGUAAACAUGCCGGCCAACAGCUACAUGCCGGGCUACUCUCACUGGUAUUCAUCCCCACAUCAAGAUUCAAUGCAGAGAUAG